AUGUUACAUCCAUUGAUUUCACCACCUAUAAAUCAUACAGUCUAUCCUAAAACUGGUCGAGUGCCUGUGGAAUGUAAAUUUAAGCAUUAUAAUGGAAAGCAAUUUAAAAAAUUAUUGAAUGUUACAAUUCGUAUGAUAACUAGAGAGAAGAAAAAGGAAGACAAAGUGGAACAGACGAAUGAAACAAAAGUAACCACAUUUACAGUCGAUAAAUCUCAUUCCAACCAAUGGUUAUUUCUACUCAUGAUUCUCUGGCUGAUCACUUUAGCCUUAAGCAUGUGGAUUAUCUACGAGUUAUUUAUUGCUUUCUAUCAUUUAAAUUAUCAUUACACUGGUUGUCAGUAUUUAAUCGAUCAAUUAAGAUCUGGAUCUCUUAAACCAUGGUUACCUGGUAAUGAAAUACCUUUCAAUUCAUCAAAUAUAACUACUCCAAGAAUAUUUCAUCUGCUUACAUUAGAACGUGGUUCAACUUCAGAGAAUGUUUUCAAGACACUAGGUAAUACUAUAAAAGUUUUUGGAGAAUUUACAUCAAUUGCAAACCAUUGGAGGCAAUUAUGGUUGAAUGAUGAUCGUGAUAAGCUCAUUGAAUCAUCUGAAAUGUUAGUCAGUUUUAUAAAGAAUUCAACAAAAUAUAUGCCAGUGUCAAUAAGACGGAAUGAGGAUAUUUCCUCCGGACAUGGUGACAGUAAAGGUCAUAAGGUGAAGAAAUCACGCAAAAAGAAACAUCGGAAACAUAAAGAAACAAGGAAACAUAAAGAAAUAAGCUAA